CACCACCUGUUCGUUAUCGGUACUGUUAUCAUUAUGUGUUUAGUGGCGAUUAACUGAAAAAAAGAAAUAAUAUACCUAACACAACGGAAAUGAUGAUAUAAAUUUCCUGAAAAUUUAAUCUGCAAAAUUAAGUUGAAAACGCAAUCGGUAAUAGUCAUAAGUCAUAACUCGUAAUACACGCGAAUAGCAAUUUUCAAUGUUAAACGUUCUGUUAUCCGUUUUUAUGGCAAUUGUCUUUAAUUCGAUUAGUCGUAAAAAAUGCGCAGUGUUUAUUUGUUUCGUUUAAUCCGCAUAGUAGUUUUAUCUAUUGAUUAGUCAUUAGUCCAGUAUAAUUAAUAUAGUUAACAAAAAUUAUAUAUUGUUGCCUACUAGUAAUCUAUUAAAGAUGUUACCGAGAGGCAAAAACGGAUAUUCCUGGGAAAUCAAUUCAGGAACCCAAGAUUCUGAGCCUCUACUAGAACAAGAGAAUGAUGAUGAUUUAUUGUUUACAUCUCGUCCGAGUACUUCUAAAUUUGUUGCCGACAUGUUAAGUUCAAAUACUCACAAGAUGAAUGAACAACAUAAUCAAUUGGACCUUAUAACAAAAUCUGUUAAAACGCUAAAGAACGUUUCUGAAGAUAUAAGCGUUGAAUUAGAUCAACAGAACAUAAUGCUCGACAGUUUGAACACUGAGCUAGACAAAACCGAGUCAAGGCUAGAUAUGGUUUCGAAAAAAGUCGCACAAGUUCUUCAGCUGUCUGAUGAUCGAAGACAAUGGAUGGCAAUUGGUAUUUUAUUAAGUAUAAUUUUUAUAACUAUAAUUCUUUUGAUUAUAUUAUAAAAACUAAAUAUUAUUUAUUAUAAUAAUAUUUAUCUUAAAUAUUACUUAUCUUUUUUUGAGAAGACUGAUUUUAUAAUUUAUUUGUAAUUAAAACUGCAUAUUACAAUAUGUUUAAGAAUUAUACAUGUGUACAUUAUUAUUCAUUUAGACUUAUAUAACUGUUGGUGU